UGAAGUGACGUGGUGAAUUUUUCACCGAUUUAAUCGAGCUUUUAUUCUCGAUUCUAAAUAUCUCCCCUUUUUCAAUAGAGAUUUCAAAAAAUGGCUGACAAGUUGUUCUCGAUUCGCAAUUAUUUCUUUCUCGGAAGUUAUCAGUCUUGUAUUGGAGAGGCUUUGAAGUUCUCAUCGAAAAACGAAGAGGAAAAGCAGGAGAAGGAUGUUUAUUUGUACAGAUCGUAUAUUGCACAAGGACAAGCUUUUAUUCCAUUGAAAGAGAUCCCAGCCGCCACGAAGUCUGCUGAUUUAGCUGCUGUUCGCAGGUACGCCGAAUUCCGCAACAAUCCAGCUGCCAAGAAGAAGAUUCUGGCUGAAGUUCAAGAAGAAGUUGCCUCAAGAAACAUUAAAUCAGAAAUCGCAGCUGUUCUUGCCGCUACUAUUCUCAAUGAAGCUGAUCUCUCCCAAGACGCAUUCCGUGCAGUUUCCCGUUUCGAAGGUCUCGAGGCUCGUGCCUCCAAGGUGUUUAUUCUCAUUAAAAUGAACAAGCGGAAGCUUGCAAUUGGUGAAGUGAAGAAAAUGAAUCAAAUCGACGAGGACGCUACUCUUUCUCAACUCGCAAAUGCUCUCGUCACCUCGUUCGGUGCAUCUGGAAAAGUAAAAGAUGCUCUUUACAUUUACAGCGAAAUGUCUGAUAAAUACGGAAGAACUACUGAUUUGGAGAUGCAUCAAGCUGUUGUUAGUAUUUUGACUCAAGACUAUGCUGCUGCAGAGGAGCUUUUGGAGAGUGCUCUGGAAAGAGAUAACAAAGAUGCUGAUGUGCUCAUCAACUCAAUCGUUUCCGCCCAGCUCAACGAAAAAGAUGACGAUGUCGUCGAACGUUUCAUCUCUCAGCUGAAGCAUGAGCAUCCAAAUCAUCCAUGGGUUAUCGAUUUCAAUGAGAAGGAAGCCGAAUUCGAUAGAGUCGCCAGCGAUUCCAGAGCCUAAUUUCCAUAAUCUCUUAUUUAUUUUCUGAAAUACGCCCUCUCUCAAUGUGAUUUCUUUGGUUUCUAAUUAUGCACGUCUAUUGGUUGAAAAAAUCGAUGUAAAAAUUAUGAGAAAAAUAAAUUAAAGUGUGGAACCAAAAAC